UAGUGACAAAAGUGAAGCCCGUGAAGGAGUGGCUGUGCUGUCAAAUUCGUAAUUCCAAGUGUUUUCUGUGAUAAAAUUUGUUUAAAAAUUAGAACAACUAGUGAAAUAAAUUUAUCGACAUGUCGUCGUCAGGUGAUUUUGGCAAUCCAUUACGGAAAUUUAAAUUGGUGUUUCUAGGAGAACAAAGUGUGGGCAAAACAUCACUAAUUACCAGGUUUAUGUAUGACAGUUUUGAUAAUACAUAUCAGGCUACCAUAGGUAUUGAUUUUUUGUCGAAGACAAUGUACCUUGAAGAUCGCACAGUGAGGUUGCAGCUUUGGGACACGGCCGGUCAGGAACGAUUUAGAUCGCUGAUACCCUCCUACAUCAGGGAUUCGACGGUAGCAGUCGUAGUUUAUGAUAUCACCAAUGCCAACUCAUUUCACCAGACAUCUAAAUGGAUAGAUGAUGUUCGAACUGAACGGGGUAGUGAUGUUAUAAUCAUGUUAGUUGGAAACAAAACUGAUCUGUCAGACAAAAGACAGGUGUCUACGGAAGAAGGCGAUCGCAAAGCGAAAGAACUAAAUGUCAUGUUUAUUGAAACCAGCGCGAAAGCUGGAUAUAAUGUUAAACUGCUAUUCAGGCGUGUUGCCGCUGCUCUGCCCGGCAUGGACUCGACGGAAAACAAACCUCCAGAGGACAUGCAAGAAGUUGUGUUAAAAGACACACCAAAUGAAAUGAAAGAUCCGGAAGGAGGAUGUGCAUGCUGAUAUUACCGUAUUAUUGUCAUUACAAACCUUUCGUUAUUAAGUAUUUAUAAUGAUAAUGUAAGUUGAGAAUAACAAACUUGAAUAGACUUUAACAUGCAUAUGUGAAAAGAUUAUGAAUCCAACAGUGACUUAGGAUUCUUGAAUUAGAUCAUGAUUAAACUAAUAUUGACAAACAUAAAUUUGAAAUAAAUAUUAAGAUAGCAUUUUUAAUAGAAGAAUCGUUAGGGUUUCAUUUUUAUAUACCAUACAUUUUAAGAGAAUUUUAUAUCCUUAUUGAAACAUUAAUAACUCUAAAAAUA